GACCAUGAAGCUUGUUAGAUAUAAGAAGGAAAAAUAGGAUCAUUGUAAGUUUUUUUUCUCUGCCAUUUCUCAUUGAGAAAAAGUUGUUAUUGAGAUUUGAGUUACAAAAUAUUAAGGAAGAGAAUUAAUUAAGAAUAAAGGGAAAAGGAAAUGGCAUUCACAGGGACAUUGGAUAAAUGCAAAGCUUGUGAUAAGACAGUUUAUUUUGUUGAUUUGCUGUCUGCUGAUGGAGCUACUUUCCAUAAGUCCUGCUUCAAAUGUAGCCAUUGCAAAGGCACUCUUGUGAUGAGCAACUACUCAUCCAUGGAUGGAGUCCUCUACUGCAAGCCACAUUUCGAACAACUUUUUAAGGAAUCUGGAAAUUUUAGCAAGAACUUUCAGACUUCCAAGCCUGAGAGGGAAAAUUCGCUGACAAAGGCUCCAAGCAAACUAUCUGCCUUGUUCUCUGGAACCCAAGACAAAUGUGCUGCUUGCGACAAAACUGUUUACCCUCUGGAAAAGGUAACAAUGGAGGGAGAAGCAUUCCACAAAUCAUGCUUCAAGUGUGCUCAUGGAGGUUGUCCGUUAACUCAUGCUACAUAUGCUGCACUUGACGGAGUCCUCUAUUGCAAGCACCAUUUUUCACAACUUUUCAUGGAGAAAGGAAAUUACCAGCAUGUCCUCAAGGCUGCAAAUAACAAGAAGAGUGCUGUGGCACCUGUCGAUGAUGAUGAUAAUAACAAUGAAGAGCCUGCUCAUGACAAGGCAGAUGAUGAAGAACAGCCAGAUAAGAAGGAACCUGGUGAUGAUGAUAAGCAACCACAAGAAGAAUCUUGAUCACCCCAUGUUACUUAAUUAUUGAUUAAUGUUUGUGUUUUUGAAAAGUUUUUUCAUUUAAAAUCCAAGGUAAAUUAACCCCUCUUUUAGUUAUUGUGAUCAAAAUUCUUGUUAUCUAUUUUGAGUAUACAAUUUUUUUUUUCUUCAGACUUGGUGUCCAGUUUGUAAACACGUUUGAGACGUUAUCCAUUUUGAUUAUACAAUGAUUUGUUAGU